AUGCUCUCAUCCACGGACUUUGCAUCUGCUUCUUGGGAGCUUGUCGUCAGAGUUGACCAUCCAAAUGAGGAGGAGCAGAAAGAUGUCACAUUGAGAGUGGCUGGAGACCUGCAUGUUGGGGGGCUGAUGCUCAAGUUAGUAGAACAGAUCAACAUAUCCCAAGACUGGUCAGACUUUGCCCUUUGGUGGGAACAAAAGCAUUGCUGGCUUCUGAAAACACACUGGACCCUGGACAAAUAUGGAGUCCAGGCAGAUGCAAAGCUUCUCUUCACCCCUCAGCAUAAAAUGCUCCGCCUCCGCCUGCCAAAUGUGAAGACAGUGAGAUUGCGUGUCAGCUUCUCGGCUGUGGUUUUUAAAGCUGUCAGUGAUAUCUGCAAAAUCCUGAUAAGUCCUGGAUUAUAUAGUAGAACCAUGACUCCCACAUAUGAUCCCAUCAAUGGAACGCCGGCGUCAUCCACCAUGACAUGGUUCAGUGACAGCCCUUUGACCGAACAAAACUGCAGCAUCCUCGCAUUCAGCCAGCCCCCCCAAUCACCAGAGGCACUGGCUGAUAUGUACCAGCCUCGGUCUCUGGUUGACAAAACGAAGCUUAACGCAGGUUGGCUGGACUCCUCCCGUUCCCUUAUGGAACAAGGCAUCCAGGAGGAUGAACAGCUGCUGUUACGAUUUAAAUACUACACUUUUUUUGACUUGAAUCCCAAAUAUGAUGCUGUCCGAAUAAACCAACUCUAUGAACAAGCCAGGUGGGCCAUUCUCUUAGAAGAAAUUGACUGCACGGAAGAAGAAAUGAUGAUCUUUGCAGCGUUACAGUAUCACAUUAGCAAACUGUCAUUGUCAGCUGAAACACAGGACUUUACACAUGAGUCCGAGGUCGACGAAGUAGAAGCAGCACUUUCUAAUUUGGAAGUGACCCUAGAAGGUGGAAAAAUGGACAAUACCUUGGAGGACAUUACUGAUAUCCCUCAACUUGCAGAUAACCUCAAAUUAUUUAGGCCCAAGAAGCUAAUACUGAAAGCUUUCAAACAAUAUUGGUUCAUCUUUAAAGACACAUCUAUAGCCUACUUUAAAAAUAAGGAGCUUGAACAAGGAGAACCAGUAGAAAAACUAAAUCUGAGAGGCUGUGAAGUUGUGCCAGAUGUAAAUGUAGCAGGGAGAAAAUUUGGAAUCAAGUUACUAAUCCCUGUUGCUGAUGGUAUGAAUGAAGUGUAUCUCAGAUGUGAUCAUGAGAAUCAGUAUGCCCAAUGGAUGGCUGCCUGCAUCUUGGCAUCAAAGGGCAAAACCAUGGCAGACAGUUCCUACCAGCCAGAGGUUCUCAACAUCCUUUCAUUUUUGAGGAUGAAAAAUCGGAGCUCAGCAUCUCAGGUGGCUUCCAAUAUCGAAACCAUGGACAUAAACCCGGAAUGUUUUGUGUCGCCUCGGUGUGCAAAAAAACACAAGUCUAAGCAGCUGGCAGCCCGGAUUCUAGAAGCCCACCAGAAUGUGGCUCAGAUGCCCCUGGUCGAAGCCAAGCUGCGGUUCAUCCAGGCAUGGCAAUCUCUACCUGAAUUCGGCCUCACCUACUACCUUGUCAGAUUUAAAGGAAGCAAGAAAGAUGAUAUUCUGGGAGUUUCCUAUAAUAGGUUGAUUAGAAUCGAUGCAACCACUGGGAUUCCAAUUACAACAUGGAGAUUCACAAAUAUGAAGCAGUGGAAUGUAAACUGGGAAAUCCGGCAGGUGGCAAUCGAAUUUGACCAGAAUGUCUCCAUUGCAUUCACCUGCCUGAGUGCGGAUUGCAAGAUUGUGCAUGAAUACAUCGGUGGCUACAUUUUCCUGUCCACCCGGUCCAAAGACCAGAAUGAGACACUUGAUGAGGACCUGUUCCACAAGUUGACUGGUGGUCAGGACUGA